UCACUCUGCAAUCACCAGCGCGCGCCGUCGUCUUUUUGGAAAUGACGGGGCCAAAAAAAAAGGCGUCAGUAAUACUGAAAACGCAGAACUGUUCUGCACAGCUCAGCAGGAGGAACGAAAAACAUUAUUUUAUGAAACCUCGCCACUAAAAAAUGCUAUUUGAUUACACUCGCGGGAAAAUUUGUUCAGAAGCCUGAAUCUGCACGUGAAUAUAUACGAAACAGUGCCCGAUAAUUGCGCGUUCCCGUAGCCCGUGUGACUUUAGCCGCUCCUAGAACGGGGCUGAUGUAAUUGAAUGUUUUCAUCGAGUUUUUUCUAAAAACAGGGUUUUAAGAAAAUGAGUUCAUAUUUCGUUAAUUCACUCUUUAGCAAAUUUAAAGGGAGCGACACCAUCCGUCCAAACUACUACGAGUGUUCUGGGUACACGCAGGAGCUUGCGGGCAGACCGUCAGUGCUGUACGGACACAGCACAGGAUCAACAUUUCAACACACUUCCCAGCUUCCGGAGUUUUAUCACCACGGAGCCUCGACGUUCUCCCACGCACCGUACCAACACAGCCAGUACCACGGGGAUUCCGCCGCGAACCUUCUCGCUCAGGAUGCCUUACAGAGACAGACUUUCUUCGGCACGCAAGAUGCGGAUUUAGCGCAGUUUGGAGACUACAGUGUAAAAGCAAGCUACAUUAGUGAGGACUUGGAGAGCGCAGAAACGUCCCCAACGCAGCUUUUCCCCUGGAUGCGACCACAAGCCACCGGCCGAAGGCGGGGAAGGCAGACGUACAGUCGCUACCAGACUCUCGAGCUGGAGAAGGAGUUUUUGUUUAAUCCGUACCUGAACCGCAAGCGGCGCGUGGAGGUUUCGCGAGCGCUCUGUCUGACCGAGCGCCAGGUGAAGAUCUGGUUUCAGAACCGGCGCAUGAAAUGGAAGAAGGAGAACAACAAGGACAAGUUCCCGAGCAGCAGAGCUGAACAAGAGCAGAUCGAGAAGCAGAGACGCGAAUGCGUCGAUUCAGGGAAACCCACGCCAGGAGAGGAGGACUAAGAGGACGCGGAACUCAGAACGCAGCGAAGCCGUGCUCCCAUUAGCGUCGAAACAUUUUCUGUAGUCCGCUAAAAAGAGAAAUCACGUGAUGUAAGCACUUGAUCUCUAAUUAAGAGAUUUACCUUGUUUUGUCUAACAAAACAAGGUAUUUCUCAUUUCAUUGCCACUGGGAGUGUAAUAAUACUACUACUACUAAUAAUAAUAAUCAUAAUAAUAAUAAUAAUCAUAAUAAGAAGAAGAAUACAGUGACACUCUUUUUGUUGUUAAUAAUAAAUUCACAUAAGUGUAAAUAUUUGCCUAUUUCAUUCAUUGUAACUCCAGGCAUUUUACCUCAGAAAUGCCAAGCGUUCAUAGUUGGCACCUGUACAGUGUGUGUGUGUGUGUGUGUGUGUGUGUGUGUGUGUGUGUGUGUGUGUGUGUGUGUGUGAUAUUGGGGAAGUAAACCCACAUCCCAGUUCUGUCUAUUAUGUAGAUUAUCACUCUAAAGAUUGUUCGAGAGCUGAUGCCUUUUCACCUUCUGCAUGACGUUUCAUUUAAAUUACCGUAAGAUUUUAUUUACCACAGUUGUAGUUAUUUUAUUGAAUAUAAUCAGGGAAUAAAUAGGCGCAUUUACUGUAGUAGUAUAGGCUACAUAAUAUGCACUUGUGAUGGCUGAUUAAUUAGAAUAGUAAUUUAUCAGGCUUAUCAAAUGUCAUAAACACUACCUAUAAGUAUUUUAGUUCAUAUUAUUAAAAGGCAAAUUUAAUGCGUGACUUACUGUAAAUAUACCAUACUCUGUUGAAUAUAGUCCUACAUAGGAUGAGGAUAUUUCAUUGUUUUGAAUGUUAUUGUUAUUUUAAUUGUUUGUGGUUGAAGGUGU